CGCCCUUCAGAAGGCAUGGCGACAAGGCGGUAGGCCGCGCCCACGCUCCGCCCUCUCGCCCGCCCCUUUGCCCAUCGUGCGGCGAGCCGAGGCGGCCGGGCGGAGCUAAGCGAGGCCGGGGCUCGAGUGCGGCCUAGUCGGAGAGAUGCUUGGGGCGGCGCUGAGGAAGACGGCCGCGGUGGGCCUAGCGCAGCUGCGGGCCUUCAGCCUCUCGGCCUCGCUGGAGACAUCCAUCGUGGAGCGAUAUUGGAAGAUCCCCCUGAGCAAGAUUGGGCGACAGCCCCGCAUCAAGCACCGCCGGUUCCGCGUCUACCGCCUGGUGGAAGACACCAAAUGCAGCCCAAAGUUGCCAUUGGAGCUCAUUCUUAAUGAGUCUGUGGAGGGUUUGGGACACCGUGGUGACGUCGUCAACGUGGACAAGUCCUACGGUCGUAACUAUCUCCUUGCCAAAAACCUGGCCGUUUAUGCAUCUCCCGAAAACAAGAAGGUGUUUGAGGAGGAGUUGCAGAAACUUCAGGAAGGGAAGCUGUCAAAAUUGCAGACCCCCAGUGGCGUAAAGACAGUGCGGUUCCUGCAAAACUGCCACCUAGAGGUGGGGAUGAAGAACAACGUCCAGUGGGAGCUGAACAGUGAGAUCGUCGCUCGCAAUUUCCUCAAAAACCUCAAGGUAAUGGUUCCCCCGCAUGCCGUCAAGCUGCCAGAUGAGUCCAUUACAAAGUGGGGAGAAUACUGGUGCGAAGUUACGGUGAACGGCCUCGACACUGUCCGGGUGCCCAUGUCAGUGGUGAACUUCAUGCGACCCAAGACAAAACGUUAUAAGCUCUGGUUAGCCAAACAGGCAGAGAAAGCGUCCGCCCCGUGACACCAGAUGCACUGGACAGCCCCAAGGAGGACUGUGGGAAAACAGUCUGCUUCAAGCGUCUGUUGUCACAGCUGUCACGGGGGAGCUCACGAUCUCUACAGGAGCCUAGAAUGUUUCUCAAGGCAUUGGAGAGCGGUCGGAGUGCUCCGAGGGAGUCGGCCAGCUUCCUCUCGCUGGCAAGUGGACUUCCUCUCUUGGGCGGGGUGAUAAAACCAGGUCUGGGUAAGAUAAUCCCACCAGUUCAGGCAUCUCCCAAAGAACAGAAGUCUGGACCGAUCGUGAAUGAUAAUAAAACAUUUCUGCCGCCCGUUAA